AUGGCAGAACCCGUCGGAAUCACUCUCGGCGUCCUAGGCUUGCUCGGAACAUUCGAGAAUUGCGUUGAGCUGUUUGCCUACUUCUCCGCAUCCAGAUCGCUCGGACGCGACUAUGAAUUUCUUGAAAUCGGGCUCGACUUGGAGAAAUCCUCGCUGCUACAAUGGGCAGAAAGAGUACGGCUUGCGUCGAGCGACUACGACAAGCGUCUGGACGACAAAACCACCCAGGAUGCUGUCCUCUCUGCCCUCACCGCAAUCAGAGUACUCCUUAGCGAGAGCUCAUCUCUCCAAGCUCGAUAUGGAGUCGAAAUUGACCGCGGACAGGCUAAAACCAGCGCACUCUCCGUCUCCAGCCCCGUCAGCCACAGAAGCCUGAACAAGUUCCAGGAUCGGGUCGCUUCCCUCAAAAAGAGGAUGGAAUUGCGACAGUCCAGGACAAGCCCGGUAAGCAAAAUACGAUGGGUCGUGAGUGACAAGGACAAGUUCACAGAGUUGAUCCGCGAGUUGUCCAAAUUCGUCGCGAAGCUCCACCAUUUCGUCCCGCUUUUGUCGGAGAACACGUCACUCGCUGGCACUGAGCCGAGCCAUGGCCCCGAUGGUAUGAUUAGGGAGGACUUACGUGGCAUCAACGAAGUCCGAAAGCUUCGACUCAUUCGAGACGCAGCGGGUGGCGAGCAUGAGGCUGUUGCCAGCUUGGCCGACGAGGAAGUGGUCCGUAUGUGCCAACGACGAAUUCUCAGAGCGCUCUGGUUCCAGAUUAUGGAUGACAGGAGGGAUAUGCUCCAGAAGCCACACCACGACACUUUCCUGUGGGCCCUGCAAGAGGGUACUGGGGGCUCGCGGUGGGACAGCAUUCCUGAGUGGCUCCGAUCUGGCGCAGGAGUUUAUUGGCUGUACGGGAAAGCGGGGAGUGGAAAGUCAACCCUGAUGAGAUACCUGGAAAAGGCCACCGAAACCAAGAAGCUGCUGGAUGAAUGGGCCCAAGAAAGGGAGCUGGUGAUUGUCUCCUUUUACUUCUGGGCCUUGGGCACAGCGGAACAGAAGAGUCAGCAAGGUCUCUUUAGAGCCUUACUCUUCCAUCUCCUGAGUGCAGAGCCGGCCCUCAUUCCUCGAUUGUUGCCCAAGUCGUGGCACGCCGUCUACGACCUAGAUUCAGACAUGUUCCAAGCGCCAUCCACAGCCGAGAUGAAACUUGCUUUCGAGACCUUGUCUGAUGGAGUUUCGCUCCAGCGACGAUUCUGCUUCUUUAUCGAUGGACUGGACGAGUACGACGGCAACGUCCCUGAGGCUAUUGCCUUCAUCAAGCGUCUGUCCGGGAACCCUGACCUGAAGAUCAUCGUGUCUAGCAGACCGCUUCCGGAGUGUGUCAGCGGCUUCAUUGGGGCCCCGAAGUUGAGGCUCCAGAACCUGACGCGUCCAGACAUCUCGAAGUUUGUCUAUGAUGAGAUUGGCAGUCACCCCUACAUCCAGAACCUCAUCGAGACGGAUGGGGACGAAGCCAAGUCGAUCCUGGACGAAAUUAUCGACAGGUCCUCUGGGGUAUUCCUCUGGGUUGCGCUGGCUUGCAAGUCACUUCUUCGAGGAUUUGACGAAUUCGACAGUGUUGACGAACUGCGAGAGAGAGUCAAGGCGCUCCCACCAGAGCUAAAAGACAUGUUUGCCCACAUGCUCAGCACAGUCGAAAACAGGCACAAGGUCCAAGCGGCUCGAAUCCUCAGAGUUUGCUACUUGAACCAUGUGGUGAAGCGGGAGAACGCGAGGCGGAACUGGCGCUGGGUCGCGGACACGGGACAUCUCUCGGCAGUGGCAUUCGCCAUUGUCGAGUCGAAGCAGAUGGAUGUGGAAAAUCUCCCGCCUCAGAGACGCCUGAGCCUAGCUGAAAGGCGAAGGCUGUGUACGACGCUGGAGGGAAGACUUCGAGGGCGCUCUGGUGGUUUGGUGGAGCUGUUUGAUGGACAAGGUCUACCAUCGAGCCACUGUCUGUGCUCUCCGGACGAGCAUAUUCCCGACCACGAAGGACUAGUCGAUUCAACCGUCGACUUCCUCCACCGCACCGUGUUCGAAUUCCUGGACAACGAGGCCGCUUGGAGUCUGGACUAUCUCCAGACAGGAGACCCAUCGUGGAAUGGUUAUGCGGUUCUCUGCGCAAUUGCCAGCGAGUACGCGAAAGCCAUCCGGGACCUAUCGGCGGAUUCGCCGCGCUACAAGCACGAAAUCGCUAGGUCACUUUCUCUUGCUCGGGUGGCGGAUCGAGAAUCUCCGGCCACGGUCGCCAUCGUUCUUUUCCGACUGCAAGGCAUCCUGAUGAGUCACGACGGGGACGAGUUCCCGGUUGGGGUCUCCGGUCAAUUAUCCAGCUCGAUGACGGACAUCCCACCCGAAAUCAUCCUCGUGCUGGCCGUCGAGGCAGGGAUUGUCAACUUCGCCAAGACUUACCUCGCCGCGGCAGAUAUCCGCGCAUCUGAGACAAAACCCCCUUUCUAUCCCCUCCUAUUUCAUGUCCUGACCCAGUUUUUUUUGGAGCAGUUGAAAGGCGACUCUAUAGCCUAUUCAAUCCCGGUGUCUGCCGACAUGGUUGGAUUUCUUCUUGCUGAGGGCUGCGAUCCCAACGAAGAGUUUGCCGACCCAUUCGAUACCAAUACGACACCAUGGAAAGAGUGGAUGCGGAGCCUCGAAGCCAGGGUGGUUGAUAUAUGUGGGACCCUGCCCAUCACGGAAGCCCUCGUGAGUUCCGGUUCUGAACUGGAUGCUGGGCUGGCGGGUGAUGUCUGGAUUGGGCGCGCCGGGAAGUCGAUCGACAAUAUUCUGGGCGCCGAGAUGGCGAGGUUGGCAUUCCACGACUGGCCCGCAAACCAGAAAAUACCAGGCCCGGAGGUGGAGAGGCUGCAAUCGCUGUGGACUCUGAUCCACAAUCGACGGAAGUAG